GAGCGCAUGGUGCAGGCUCACCGUCAUACAUGCAGUAUUUAUAAGCGGGUUUUGGAGGGCUGCGGACAGAACUAUACACAUCUAACUCUUGAGAUGAUUCACCGUGCCUCACGUUUUAUUAUUUCUAUCUAGCGUCGGGAUUUUUUUUAUCUUUAACCUUAGUAUUUUAAUAAUUUGUUUUGUUUUUUUGCGAAAACUUCGAAUUAAUUAACUUGAACGUUGGAAGACUUCAAAUCCAGCAAGUCUAAACUUGACCAAAUUGACUAAAUAAAUCUUCUUCCUCUAUUUGAUCGUCUAAAGUGUGCAUCCAUCCUGACCCAAGGUUCCUUCAUUUGGGGUUUCUGUUGCAGUCUGAGUGCUUACUGUGAUCCUUAAACCAAACAGAGAGCUGCUCCGGGCCCCUUUUUAGCUCAACCCCUGCGCUAUGAGCAGAGGUAGAGGAGGGCCUUACAAAGAACAUUACAACAGACAUCCACCUCCCCACCUGCAGGCCAAGGACAACUACUACAGGCCUUGUCAGGCCCCACUCUUUCGCAGAGCCAACCCAGAUCUACCUUCAAAUCUAAAUUACUAUAACCGUCCCAGAGUGCCCAUACAAUCACCACCUCCUCUACUUCCAUCUGCUCCCCCUAUACCAGGCGAUAUUAGAGUGAUCGCUACCUCUGACUGCCUACAUAACCAGGGUCAGGUUGGCAGCCCAGCUCCAAAUUCAUUCCAUUGUAAACAAGUAGAAUUUCUAAGAGGACAGAGCUCUGAGGCGCCACUGUUUAGAUCCGGCGUACGAGGAGGGGGGGCAGCAUCCAGCAGGCCGUCCAGUUGUCCUUACCAGUCACAGCCAGGGUACAGUGGAUAUUCAAACCCAGGCGGCAGCCCAAGAGGUCGAGGGGGCUACAGCCAAAAUAAGAGUUUUCCAUACUCUUCCAGUCCAGGAGCAUCUCAAGGGGCCCCGGGCCCUCGAUUCCAAAAUCAAAACUCGUUUCAAGGCAAAACCAACAGCAAUCAGUCUUCCUACAGGCAAUGUUGGCCCCAGACAGACUCUCUGUGUGACCGUUUUCAGGGUUUGUCACUCCAGCAAAAUUGGUCCAACCGAGGCAGAGGGAAGUUUGACAGAUAUUCUUCCUCCAGCAGCCCGGCAGAUUCGAGAUCCGAAAGAGUUAACAUCACCUUUACGGCAGACAUAGAGGAACAGGUGCACAGGGCUUUGGCUGGUUUGAAGCGAGGUGAGAGUAUCUCUGCUAAAGUGUUAGCCAAAAAAAUUUGUUUGCCCAAAAAGGCCGUAAACAAGGCUCUCUACUCUUUGGAGCGCUCACAAAGAGCUUCGAAGCAAGGACUCUUACCUCCUCUGUGGAGUCUGUACAGGGAUAUAGGAGAUCGGGUUUCUGAUAGUCAAAGUCAAACUUCCUAUCUGUGUGCCGGUAAAGAAGAUCCACAAACAGCUGAAACCGAGGUUGACCCAGAAAAGGAAAACAAGGGACAGGUCAAAGAAGAGGACUGUGACACAGAAUCUACUUCCUCUUACAGCUCAUCUUCAGAGUCCUCUGACUCCGAAGAAGCCCUGCCACCAGCUGAAAGUGAGAACGACAAGAAAGAUCAUCCAAGCACAACUAGCUCCAUCCAUCAGGACGUUAAUUGUCCCAUCAUGGCACACCACAAGGAGCAGAUUUUAAAAUAUCUCCUAGGUUCAGAAGAGGCAACGGCUCUUGUUAUAGCAAAGAAUCUGAGUCUUAAAAAUGCCAAGCAGGUCAACCCCACACUUUAUGCUUUGGAGAAGCAAGGUGAAGUCGUUAAAAAUUGUGAUGUCACUCCUCCAAAGUGGAAGCUUUCUGCCCACCGCAAAGAGAGGAUGGAGAGGAGCCUGAAAAUUGCGAAGAGUGCCCCGGUGUUUGGGGGUGAGAUGGAGAUGGAAAUCAAAAAAGAGGAGAAUGCCGGAGGGUCCGUCUUCCUGCCAUCAACUUUACCACCUAUACCAGGCCUCGAGCCUCUGCCACCGCUGGAGGAUUGGCUGCCAGAGCAAACUCAAAGUGUCCUGCAGCCACCAGUAACGUCGUUUGAAGACAAAAAUCCCAGUGAGCAACCAUGGGCCUCUGACGAAAUCCCAGAGUUCCUCAAUGCCAUCCGGCGAGAGACCGAUGCUAAGAAGAUGGCAGAACAGCAGGACGGUGCCAUGGGAACUGUUGCUGUGUCGGUGGCUGCACCGCCUCCUCAAAACCUGUGGGCCAAACUACAGGAAGUGAGGCUGAAGAACCCCGUCAGUGGCCUGAUGGAGUAUGCCCAGUAUCUGGGCCAAAACUGCGAGUUCCUGCUCCUCGACCAAUCAGGACCCUCUCAUGACCCAAGAUUUCGUAUGCAGGUGAUGCUGAAUGGGAAGCUGUUUCCUGUCGCAGAAGCUUCCAGUAAGAAGGUCGCUAAAAAGGAUGCUGCAGCAGCUGCCCUGCGUAUACUUAUCGGAGAGACGCAGGGAGGGCCCGGAACACUGGAGGAGUCAAAUGCUACUGGUGUUGACCAAAUGUUGGAUUUACCUCCAGAAACCAGUGGUUCGGUUGAAAAUGCAGGCGGGACAUUUGGGUCUAACAAUGUGGAAGGCUCAGCAGAGGGACCUCGCCAGCCUCUAGCCCGGUCCCUCCCUGGUGGGAAGAAUCCGGUGUCUGUCCUGAUGGAGUACAGCCAGCGCAGUGGAAACUCCAUCGAAUUCAUUAACACUGGCCAGGCAGGCCCACCACAUGACCCACGGUUCAUGUUUAGGGUGAAAGUUGGAGAGACUCUGUUUGCUGAGGCCUCGGCACCGAGCAAGAAGGCGGCCCGUCAGCUGGCAGCGGAGGAGGCUGUUAAAGAAUUAAUGGCUGAUGGAAAACUUCAAGUCAGCAAGCCUCAGUUGCCCCUCGGCCCGCCCAUUGAUGGAGACGGAGGUGCUUCCAGGGCAACCUGUCCUUCUUUGCCUCCUCUAACUGCGAGCGAGUUGCAAGCUGCCCAUGAGGCAGGAGUCGGGGAUCUCAUCAAUCACCUGAACAACAACGCUGUGUCAGGUUUGUUGGAGUAUGCCAGAGCCCGUGGCUUUGCGGCUGAGAUCCGCCUGGUCAGCCAGUCUGGACCCCCACAUGAUCCUAAGUUUACCUACCAGGCCAAGCUGGGCGGAAGGUGGUUUCCUCCAGUUUGCGCUUCCAACAAGAAACAGGGAAAGCAGGAAGCAGCAGAUGCGGCGCUGCGGGUUUUGAUUGGAGAAGCUGAGAUGGCAGCACGUACUGGAGAGCUUAUCCCAACUGAGCUACCAGUAAGUGGCAGCACUUUGCACGACCAGAUAGCCAUGCUGAGCCACCAGCGUUUCAACGCCCUGACCACCCGCAUCCAGCACAGCCUUCUGGGACGCAAGAUUCUGGCCACCAUCGUCAUGAGAAGAGGGGAGGGACUGGGAACUGUUGUCAGCCUUGGAACAGGAAAUCGUUGUGUCAAAGGAGAGGAGCUGAGCCUUAAAGGGGAGACUGUAAAUGACUGCCAUGCUGAAAUCAUCUCCAGGAGGGGAUUUAUUCGGUUUCUGUACAGCGAGCUGCUCAAGCACUGUGAUGGAGCAGACGACAGCAUUUUUGAGCCCGCAGAGGAGAACAAACUCAAGAUCAAAUCUGACAUUACGUUUCACCUCUACAUCAGCACAGCGCCUUGUGGGGAUGGAGCUCUGUUCGAUAAGUCAUGCAGUGAGGCAGGAGAUGAAGUCCAGGGUCACAAGCCUCUUUUUGAGAAUGCAAAGCAGGGCAAGCUUCGUACUAAAGUGGAGAACGGUGAGGGGACCAUUCCAGUAGAGUCGAGUGCCAUUGUCCCCACCUGGGAUGGUAUCCAGCAUGGAGAAAGGCUGCGGACCAUGAGCUGCAGUGAUAAAAUUAUGCGCUGGAACGUGCUGGGCCUGCAGGGGGCACUACUCUCUCAUUUCUUGCACCCCAUCUACCUGAGGUCCAUCACGCUGGGCUACCUGUACAGCCACGGUCACCUGACUCGUGCAGUCUGCUGCCGACUGGCCAGAGACGGCGAAGCCUUCGCCCAGAGCCUCCCUGCUCCCUUCACGCUAAACCACCCUGAGGUGGGCAGAGUGAGUGUCUACGACUCCACAAGGCACACAGGCAAGACCAAGGAGUCCAGUGUGAACUGGAGCUUUCCAGACCAGCACAACGUAGAGGUGCUGGAUGGGACCAAAGGAAAGCUAGAUGGGAACAAACAGGUCAUGUCCCGCGUGUCCAAGUCCAACCUGUUCUUCCUGUUUCGCUCUCUGUGCCAGAGGUGCGGCCGCACAGAUCUCCUCUCUAUGCCCUCCUACGCUCAGGCCAAAAUGUCGGCCAUGCCGUUCCAACUUGCCAAGCGACGGUUCUUUGAAGCUCUCUGCGUCCACGGCUACGGAGCCUGGAUUGGCAAGCCACUGGAGGAGAAGAGCUUUGAGGCGUUUGAGGGAACCGGAAGCAAAGGGGGGAGCAUCUAUCUGGGAUGUGGGAACAGCAAAAACGGAGGGGUGGUGGAGUACAAGCAGGUGGAGGCGUAGAUCCA